CCGUCAGCACUUGGUGCCUGACGCCUGCAGGAGGAGGAGGAUGAGGUCUGGCGGUGGCGUGCCGUUGUUGUUGGCGGUGGUGGCGGGCGCCUGUGUGCUCUCACUCGCUCAACUGGAAAACCUUCAGGCAGUAGAAUGUCCUUUCCCAGAGGGACAGGAGGUGGUGUCAGAGGAGGAGUGCGGGAAGUACUCAGCGUGUGAGUGGACGGACGGAGUCUGCCAUGUAGUGGACAACGCCGUUGGUGGCUACGUCGUCCAGGGCCCGCCAGAGGUCACCACCAGAGGCUUCAAGGUUAACCUGAAGAAGGCGGACGACACAGUGACGAUGUUCGGAGACGACGUGACCAACUUGGUGUUUGAGGUCAUCCAGCACGAAGAUUACCACCUCCAGGUCAAGAUCUACAACGCAGACGCGAUGCGCUACGAGGUGCCGGUGCCUCUGAGUCUUCCUGACGCCCCAGACGCCGACGCCCUCUACACCGUCAGCGUCAGCGGGGAAGGCGAACCUUUCGACUUCGUUGUCAGCAGAAAAUCCAACAACAACAUUGUGUUCCGCUCGUUGGGGCCCCUGACCUUCGAGGACCAGUUCCUGCAGCUGCACACCUCCCUCGCCUCCACUUACCUGUACGGCUUCGGCGAGAACACCCACCUCUCCUUCAGACACACGUUCGAGCCCCGCUCCACCUUCCCCAUCUUCGCCAGGGACCAGCCAGUGGGCACAGACCCCAUGAACGAGUACGGUCACCACCCAUACUACAUGGUGAUGGAGGACGACGAGGGUAACUCUCACUCCGUCCUUCUCUACAACUCCAACGCCAUGGAGUACUCGACCUUCCUGCUGGAGGAUGGGACGCCGGCGCUCACAUUGAGGACCAUCGGAGGCAUCAUCGACCUGCACAUGUUCCUGGGCCCCCUGCCGGAGGACCUUAUCACGCAGUAUACCUCCAUGGUUGGCAAUCCAGUCUUCCCUCCGUACUGGUCCCUCGGGUUCCAACUCUCCCGCUGGGGGUAUGACUCUACUGACAACGUCCGCGCCGCCAGAGAGAGGAUGAAGGCCAUGGGCAUCCCUCAGGACGUGCAGACGUGUGACAUCGACUACAUGUACCGUCAGAGGGACUUCACCUAUGAUCCAGACAACUGGGGAGACAUGCCGGACCUUCUACAGGAGCUGCAUAAUGAUAACCUUAGAGUCAUCCUCAUCCUGGACCCGGCGUUGGUGAUCGACUUCGACAACUACCCGCCGGCGGCCAGAGGGAAGGAGUCGGACGUGUUCAUCAAGUGGUCUGACCCCAGCCUGGUGCCGGACGACCAGGAGCCCGGCACUGACGACUACAUAGUCGGCUACGUCUGGCCCGACACAAAGACAGUCUUUCCCGACUUUCUAAAGCCAGAGACUCAAGCCUGGUGGAUUAAUGAACUGAAGCUUUUCCAUGACGUGCUGGACUACGACGGUCUCUGGAUCGACAUGAACGAGCCGGCCAACUUCGGCACCAACCUGGACAAGCCCUGGAACUGGCCACUCGACCAGCCGGACUGGAGCCUCAAGUGUCCGGACAACAAGUGGGACUCUCCACCUUACCCAACUAUGAUGCUCCGAGUAGGUGAUAAUCAGAGCAAGAAGAUCAGCGACCACACCAUCUGCAUGUCCGGCAACCAGACAGAUGGCACCUCCACCUACUUGCACUACGACGUUCACUCCCUCUUCGGGUGGGCCGAGACCGUCACCACCUACAGAGGCCUGGAUGAAGUAUUCCCUGGGAAGCGUCCUGUGGUCCUCUCUCGCUCCACCUUCCCGGGCUCGGGCCAGUAUGCCGUCCACUGGCUCGGUGAUAACUCCGCUGACUGGACGCAGAUGCGCAUGUCUGUUAUUGGCAUGUUUGACUUCAACAUGUUUGGUAUCCCUAUGGUGGGCGCCGACAUAUGUGGCUACUUCAACGAACCUGACAUGGAGAUGUGUGCCAGGUGGAUGGAAGUGGGUGCCUUCUAUCCCUUCAGCCGGAACCACAACACCAACGGAACGGCGGACCAGGACCCCGGGGUGUGGCCAGAGGUCGGGGAGAUCUCUCGCUACACACUCAACAUCCGCUACCAGUACCUGCCCUACCUCUACUACCUCUUCCACAGGGCGCACAUGUUCGGUAAUUCUGUCGUCCGGCCGCUGUUGAACGUCUUCCCCAGCGACCUGGCGGCUCGAGACGUCGACGACCAGUUUAUGUGGGGCGACGGACUGAUGAUUGCCCCCGUCCUUACCCAGGGCACCACCUCCAGGGACGUCUACUUCCCUAAGGGGAUCUGGUACGACCUGGUGACUGGUGUGGCGACGGCCACGGGACCCACGACGCUCACAGUUGAUGCUCCUCUCGAGGUGAUCCCUCUCUAUGUUCCUGGAGGCGCCAUCCUCCCCUACCAGGUGCCCGCCCUCAACACCGUAGAGAGUCGACAAAACCCGCUGGGGCUGACGGUGGCGCUGGACGGGACUCUGGCGGCCUCGGGCGAGAUCUUCUGGGACGACGGUGAAGGAGAACACAACAUGUCGCUGGUUUAUAUGUCCAUGUUGAAUUAUAACCAGAACGAGUUGACCAUGAGCGUCAUGGCCGGAGAGGACAUAGUGGCUGGACUGUUUAUUGACACCAUCGACAUCUACGGCUUCCCUAGUGCCCCGCAGGGCGUCAGUGUCAACGAUAUGGAGCUCCCUGGCGAGGACUGGGAGUACGACGCCUCCACGAGUGUCCUCACUAUCACUACCCACGCCCCUCUCGCAGACCCGCUCAGUGUGUUCAUACUCUAGGACGUCCCCAGCAGCGUCCUCACCAUCAUACCCACGCCCCCAGCAGCGUUCUCACCAUCACACCCACGCCCUUAUUGCUGGGAGCUUUUGUCUAUAAACGCCAACUCUAUGCUAUUCACCUUACUGAAAUUUGCUUAAUAUGAAGACUAAUUCUUCAGCUCCUUUUCCUGGCCUUAAUCUCCAUCUAAAUUUUCACCGGCAGACAUGUUCUAUCCAAAUGUUAUAAUUAAAUAAAAAACACUAAAGUCGUAUCAACCCAUCCUGGAACCUUAGCAAGACGUGUCUGGGGCAUACAGAGAAGGAAGGCAUUAAAGGCCCAGAAAAUAAGUGAAGUACACAUGCAAAAAUACAGUAUGAAAAGAAAAUGGAACGAGUCGACCAAGAAUAAAGCCCGGGAUUUUCAUCUGACGGCAGCGCCCCCAGAAGAAAGGGAAGAUUUAAGUAAGACAGAGAAGGAAAUAAGGGUAGAUGAAAACAGGAAAUAAAGGAAUGCAGAAAAGAAGAACCAAAUUAGAGACACAAGAGAUAGCAUAAUAUUAAUAGCAAUAUUAACCAUAAUUUACUUGUCUCUCUCUAUCCGCAUGUUCAUACAUUAUCUGUACAAAUAAUUGACGGAAAAUUUUGAUCUACAAAUAUUCCAAGUUUGGUAUUUAAUUCUAUUAAAAUGUUACCAUUGA